AAGUUUGUACAACAAAAGGUUGCGUGAAAGUUGCACACCAACUGUAUGCAUGCCUGCGAACACGUUGUAGUUCAUUCAUAUCGAUGUAUAAAACCCGUCUCCAUUAAAAGUGAUCGCAUUUUAAAGCAAGUUGUUCUAUUUGAAACCGCAUUUAACCACUAUGACGUCAUACCUGUGGAUUUUCGUCUUGGGAAGUUUAAUUGUGUCUGGAGUGAGGAUGCAAGAAGAAGAUGCCCUGGAUGAUGCUGAGAAUGAUGAGGCUGCGGCAGAUGACCUCGCGCCAGCAGACGAAGAGGAAUCGACCAUUCCUGAUGAAGCCAACACCGCUGCAGAAGAUUUACCGCAACAUUCAGACGACACAUCUGUCAGCGAGGCCGAUGGAGAGGAAGCUGCAUCAGAUGUGGAGCCCAUAGCAGAGAGUCCUGAGGAACCAGCACCAGAUCCUGAACCUGAAGACACAAACACUGAACCAGAAGCUGCAUCAGAUGUGGAGCCCAUAGCAGAGAGUCCUGAGGAACCAGCACCAGCUGAAGAGGAACCUGCUGAAGAAGAAGAAGCUCCUGCUGACACAGAUGAUGCGAGUGACGGAGAUGUAACAGUCGAUCCGCAGGUUGAUGCAUCUGAAGUCACUGAAGCAGAAGCUCCAGAGGAACCUGCAGGUGAAGAGGAAGAGGAACCAGCACAAGAGGAACCAACAGAAGAUGAGGGAGAUGCACCUGAAGGUCCUGCUGAAACAGACUCCAGUGAUGUACCAGAGGAACCAAUCGAAGACUCUGAGACAGCUGUGAGAGGAUUUGAUCUGUCUGAAGCUAUUGCUGAUUUAGAUGAGGAAGCUCAACCAGAGGAGGAUUUAGCAGAAAAUACUUUUGGAGAUGCAGACAGGCAAAGUGCAGGUGACAGCGUUCCUGGGAAAGCGCGCAGUGCUGGAGCAGUGUCUGACCCAAGUGACCGUGGAUCUGGGACAGUUGUUGGCAUUGUUUGUGGAAUCGCAGUGGCGGCCAUUGGAGCGAUUACAGGCUACUUCACAUAUCAGAAGAAGAAACUGUGUUUCAAGGUCCAAAGAGGUGACCCAGAGAGCGCCAAAGAAGAGAACAGCACACAGAGCGACCCACAGGUUUUAAGUAAUCUCCUGACUUCAUCAUAAAUCUACCCGUGAAGAGUCGAGCGAGCGGUGAAUUCCCAUCAUGCCACUGUGAACUGGUUUACAAUGGAACGGCACAUUAUAACGACACACAUCUCGAAAGCUUAAAGUCACAGUGUGGAAACCUCUUUGACAGAUGAACACACACACAUAGUGUCAGAUAAUCUCCUGCUUUGACUGCAGUUCUAGUUUCUCAACAUAGGACUGUUAUUGAUUGUUCUGAAUGUAAUUUCUCAGUUUGUGUGUGUGUGUGUGUGUGUGUGUGUGUGUGUGUGUGUGUGUGUGUGUGUGUGUGUGUGUGUAAUGCGACUUUUCUGGGUGAGGCAUUUUCAUUUCAUUAAAAAGUUCAAGUUCAGUUUUUGCUGUCGUUAAUCACAUUGUCUGUAGCCACUGAUUCAUAUAACGCAAACCUCACACUGUAUAAAGAUUCACAAACGUCAAUUCUAUUCAAAUAGAAUCCAUCAGAAACGUUUUAAAGUUCUGUAAAUACAUUUGUUGUUGAGUUUGCAUUAAGGGUGUUUAAAUGAUGUACACAGCUCAUUGCACACAGAUUCCAAAUAAAAAUGAAAUGACACAAACCAGA